AUUUCACUUCCUCUUUUUGAAUUCACUGAAGAAAACGGUCGGUGGUUGAAGAAAAGGACAAAAUGUCAUUUGAGACAAAUUGGAAAACCGUCCUGAGCUCCAUCCUGGAGGAGCUGACUGAGGAAGAAUUCAGGAAGAUGUUGUUCUAUCUGGACAAAAUCCCUCAAGGAGUGAAGGAUGGCAAGGCCAGAGAAGAAAUCCCUAAUUUAAUUGUCCAAUACUACGGGACAGAAGGGUCCAUCUCUGAAAUAGAUAAAAUAAUGAAGAAGAUACCAAGGAAUGAUGCUAAAGUCCAGAAGCUGCUGCGCCCCUUUGUGGAGAAACUAAAGAAACGGCAGGAAGAAAAAGGUCCAUGUGGUGCCAUUCAACAGAGGAAUGUCCCAGCAGAGGACAGCUACCCAUACAGCCUGUUGUUAGGUCGGAGAAAGUUUGUAGAAGGAGUGUCUGAUGCUAAUCUAAACAAGCUUCUAGGUAAACUCCUUGAGCAUGGUGUUAUAAAUGAUGAGGAAAUGCAGUCAGCCAAAAACAAAACCAGAGCAGAUAAUGCCCGGAUACCUGAUCGACGCGUGCGAAGAAAGGGAAAUAAACCCUGCUUACUUCUGAUCAAUACUCCGGUCAGUUGGAUCUAUUCCUUUUCAGCGAAGCGCGCUUUGUGGAUGAACUGAAGAAACCAUGCCAGGA